UUCGGUGGGACGUAGGCACUUGAAAAGGUAUUUUGAUAGUAUUGAUAUUUUGAUACCAAUAAGUAUCCCGUUGAUCGUAAGGGAGUGACCAUUCGGUUCGGUUUUCGCCUUUUGUACCGGUAUGUCAGAAGAAGCAAAUUGUACACAAAUCACGACAGGUCAAACCACAUCGGAGCAGAACGGCACAAAAAACACAACGAGCCUUACUCCCUCCAAACCAAACUACACAACACACAUCCACGCCACGAAACAUUCGGCCAUGAAGCCCUUUCUGCCAUUCCUGGGCCUGCUGGCAGCCGCCGUUCCCGUUUCGGCGUCCGUCGAGGUGGAAGGUUUUUUGUGCGGGACCCCGGGAAUUAACGGCGGCAGGCCACUCUCGGGGUCUUACGGCAUGGGCGAUGAAUUCCAGAUCUGCGUCGUUCCAACGAGCCCGGGGUUCUCCACGGUGGGCUUCCGGUCGGUGACCUGCUGGAGCGGGAGCGGAAGCGGCUACGAGCAGGUCCUCGUCGGCACCUCGGGGGAGCUCCCCCAGCCGUUCUCGGAAAUCCGUCGAUCGGUAGAGGGAGCCCGGUCCCUCGACGGCUCGAGGGUCGCCGGGCCGGACGCCAUCGCGAUCAGCGUAUUCGCAACGGAAAGAUUCUUCCCGAGCGACAGCGAAGUUGUUUUUCGGUGCACGGGUGAGGUGGAGCUCUCGUCCACGACUUUUGAACCGGAGGUGGUGGUGAUGGAAAGCUUUUCCGUGGGCAGCGGGGGGCGCGGCUGACCGGCAACGACCGGGAUGCGAUCGAAUGACCGAGGAAGAAGCGAGGGAAAGACGCGCGGCCUCGGUUGGAAGGAGAGGCGAACGAACCGCCACAGACCACCUCCCUUCAACCCCAAAUUCAAACGCUUUGUAGGAAACAAUCCCCGGUGAAAAGUCGUCUUCUGGAACCCAUGCUGGGCAUCGAACAGCGUUAUACAGUCAAGGUGAACCACAAACUCAUUACCUGCAACCAAGCAACCAGCUAUGGACGUGUUGUUUGUCGGAUACCAACAAGUAAACAAAAAUUAGUAAUAGUAGUGUACAGUACAUGUUGUAGUAUAAAAAUAGUGAGGCAAAUUCUUCGAAAACUUUGUCCUUCUAGAGGUAGGUACAUAUGAAUUAUACAUAAUUAAAUUGGACUAUGUAC